AGUGACGAAACCAAGAAAAUCAGUAGGAGGUACAUGGAGGAAAAGAUGUCAGGUACGUAAUAAUUUAUAGUCCAAUUUAGCGUCCAUGCCCAGUGUACCCAUAAAAGCUAAUAUCAACGAGUUGUUGUUUUUAGGCCGCGUGAUCUGCCAUUUUUGCGAAAUCCCACUGACAGAAGAGCAGACUGCAGUGGAAGCGUUGUGCGGCAAAUGGCAUCCUGACUGUUUUCAGUAAGCUACGCAACUUCUUGCUUUAAGACCCUGCUUACGCGCAGGAAAUUCAUUCUUUGAGCUUGGAUUUUUUGCUGUUUUUGUGGUGUCGUCUGCCCUUUCCCUAACGAAAUCUUUCUGUCUUAGGUGCACGGAGUGUAAAAGAGCUUUGUCAUCCACAUAUUAUGCACGCGGAAAAACACUGUUUUGCAAGAAAGACUACUUAGCGAAAUUUCUAUCGGCCUGUCACGUUUGCGGGCAAAACAUUACUGGACCUGUUAUGGUAUGAAUCUGUUACAUUCUUUGCACGUUUAGUUACUUUCUAGGAUUCAAGUUUAACUAUUUAAUUUUAAAGGAAUUAAAAUUUUUCGCUCAUUAAUUGUGCUUUUUCUUGCCAUUAUGUGAGCUUUCAUUCUCCAUUCUAUGGAAAUUUCAUAUUUAGCGCUUGGAUGGUUAACUGAUUAUACGUAAGGUUAAUGGUUUUUAUAAAGUAUUACCUUUUGGGUAUUGUGAAAAUUACGCCUACAUCGUGAUAUAAUAUACUAGUUUGGCACUGUCGUAAUAGUUUGAUAAUGUGCCAAUACAGGGCCACAGCGCAACCAAUUUAUGUGUCGGAAUGUUUUAGGCGAGACCUAUUUUUGUUCCUCGUUUUUUCCGACAAAAUUCAAUUACCUAGUCCGUUUGACGUAAAUCAAACAUUAACAUUCAUUAUUAAAAUAGGUUUUUGAGUAACAUUUAUUUUUAUGUUGAUUGUUGAUAUUGUUUUUGUAGAGAAGUUUACUUCAAAUUUGAAUAAGGUUAUUCACAUCAAAAGUGUAUUUGCUUUCACAUUAGCACUGAUUAUCAUUUGAGCUCCUUAUUAUUUUGAUUAGCGAGCUUGAAUAUUGACAGUUUCAUUCUUAUGCAAGAUGGUAAGCUUGUAUGCUUUUCUCACGACAGCUAAUGAGGUAAGGUAAUUCUUUCGUCACGAUAGGAACGCAGACUGUAGGCCAGGGUUCAUUCCAUGAUUUAAUAAAUCCAAUGAACACUACUUGAAUUAAUGCAGCCAUGGUUUGAGGUGUCCAGCCAGCUAAAGAUUUUUUCACCUACAUAUGCUUUACAGUGAAUUAACCACAUACUUCACACUAAAGUUCACAAGUCCCUGGCGAUACCCUCCUAUAUAAAAAUUUUGAUGGGACUGUUCAUGUACAUUUGUAAGAUUGGCGUAAUAAUCAGGAUCCAGGAUAGCCUGGGUGGCAGGCACUUGAAAGGGAAGGAGAAGGAAAUUAGGGCGCGAGACUACCCAAAUUCCCCCUUCCCCUUUUAAUGCCUACCACAUAGGUUAGAUCCAGGACUGCUCUGGCAGAGUUUGGUUGCCCCUGACACCCAACGUUUGCUCUCAGACGGCUAGAAAACUUAGUUUUUUCAUACAAAUUACAUGUUGGGCACCCUAGAUUUUGCAGGUUCAGAGCAUUGGGCUCCCUUCAAUUUUCCCUAGAGCACAGCCUUGAGGUCACAGAAAAAAGACUGGUGUCAGUGUGCAUGGGAGGUGCUCUAACUCCCCGAGUUGCAGAGAGACUCAAGAAAGCAAGACCAUAAAUAAAAUUAUUGUAUCUUGUUCAAGACAUAGGUCCUUGAUACUGUUAGGAUCGGCUACUUUAAGAACAUAUUGUUUACUUGUUGACGAAAAACAUUUUAUUGUUAUUAUUAUUAUUAUAAUUAUUAUUAUUAUUUCAUGAAAUAACUACAUGUAUAUGUUACAGGUCAAAUUUGAUUUCAGGUUAAUUUUGAUUUAGCCUAGGUUAAAUUUUUUAACCUACAACCCCAUUCAAAAAUCUUGGAACAUUACGUUCUUUUGGGCAUGCACAGAGCAGUCCCCUUGCCCCUGUGCAGUGUUUUUUAAAAGUGCAGUUUGGGAAAGCUUGAGUGAUUUUCAUGAGCCCCCAUGCCAAUGGAAUCAGGCACCUGUCAUACUGAUUAUUGGUUGAACAAUAAAUUGGGGAAGAUUAGGGGUAAAUGCACAGUUCAAAGGCUAAAUGAAACAAGUGGCCGCUAGGAGGAUGAUGGAGCAUGUUGACACAUGACAGAGCACAUGGGGCUGAUGCAAGCAAGGCUGACUGUGCUUGAGCCACCAAUCUGACUACUGAACACAUCAAGAGACAAUGCUCUAUAUAUGUUGUUGACUGCAUUAAUAUCAAUUAACAGUUACGUUAUACUCAAUUAACAUUUUAUUUUUGUCAACCACACUGAAUCAAAAAUGCUGAGAGGCAAUGAAACAAGAGUUGUGUCCAAGUCGAUGUCAACCCCUUUAACUCACCCAGCCUUGAAUAAUAAUAUUAUGAUUCAUUAAAUUAUUUAUUGUCCACCUUAUCAAGGGUUACUGCAUCUCUCUCAUUCUCUUCCUUACCUAAAAUUUACCAUCUUUUAAAACAAUGAUUGAAUCCUUAUAUAAAAUUUUAAAGCUGGUAACUCAUUGAACAUUUUUUUUCCAGGUUGUAGCUGAUCUUAAAUUUCACACUGAAUGUUUUUCCUGUGGAAGCUGUGAACAGUUUCUUGGCGAGGAAGACAACUAUGUUCUCCUGGAGAGACACAGACUUGUCUGGUAUGUAAAAAUUGCUCGUAUAUUAUAAUUGUUUGAUUUGGUAGGCUGUACAGGCAUGUACAGUUGUAGAUGAAACUCAGUUCCCUGAUGAUUUUGUAGUCCCAGUAAUGUGCAUGCUCCAGUAGCUCCUAGUGGCCCCUGGUACCUAAAUUUGAAAAAGUCUUAGUUUCAUCUGCUGGGUGACCUGGACUUCACUGAUUCAGAGCAUCAGGCUACUUGCAAUUUUUCUUGGAGCGCAGCCUUGAUGCUAGUGAAAGUGAAUCCCCCAAAAUGGCAGCCUCCCCCAUUUUUACUGUUAAUACAUGUCCAAAUAGCUAUGCACGUACACAGUGUUUUGAAUAGUCAUUUUUGACUAAUACAGCUGUAAUCAUGACAAUAUUAUAGAAUCCUUCACUCUUAACUAACAUCAAGACAUCAUAAAUGACCAUUUCAAUUUUAUAUAAUAUUAUUAUAUUUAGCAAAUAGCGGCAAGCUAGCUCAGGAUGAAGAGCAUCAGAUUGCCUAUAUUAAGGGUUUCAACAUUCAAAUCCCAACAUGACACAAACUAUCAGAGGAUGUUCAAACAACUUGUAAUUUUAUCAUGCUGGCUUUGAAGCCCAGCUUUUCCCUGCGCAAUUAGUGAUUGCGUCUUUGAACUAUCCUUGUCUCCUUCUUUUCUUGCGAUUAUCCAUUGAAAGGAGAUCCUUUUAGCCUUUCUAUAAGAACUGGGGAUAUACAUGUACGUGUACAUGUAGUCCUUGAUGGUGAAUCCGUCUUUGAUUUGACAUCGCCUAACAUCACUUCACUUCAGAAUAUUAGGUUUCAUUCAAUAACAGUGAGACAGCUAGGCUGAGACAAUCACGCAGAGACUUUGUGACUUCUGAUCACACUGGGAACACUUAAUGUAGAUGGGCAUAAGUGCAGUAAUUUUUUUUUCAUGCUCUCCUCUCCACGUAAUGACCUCUCUGAACAAUUUAGUAUUAAUUACCGUAAUUUGCAAUAGCUGAACGGGGCACAAUAGUGUUGUAUUUUGUUCUUUGAUUGGGUCUCAAGUUAACCACACUCAGUGCUUGGGCUACAAACAUCCACAUGUGAACAUAAACACAGGGAUUUACAGCUACUAACUAUCGCUGCUGAUAGUAACAGAACUGUAAUAAUGAUAUUAUCUGUAAGAAUAGUCGUUGUCAACACUACUACUGUUAUAAAAAUAUUCUCUCCAUAAGUAGCUGUAGAACCAAUCUCAGAGGUCCAAUCUUACUAAUAUAUAAUAUUAUUAAUACUUAUAUUGAGUUUCUGAAAGUGAAUGUUUAAUAACAAUCUAUUUUUUGAUUCUCAAAUAUAGUUUCAUGUGUUAUGAAAAGGAAGUGGGACAACCUUCCUGGAGUUCAUCUUUGCAAGCUUUUCAUCACCUACAUCUAACGGAAUCGGAAGCUCUGAAACAGACAUUUGAAAUAGAAAUUGUCAAAAGCGAAAGGAGGAGACCAUCACUGCCAGAGAAAGAUUCACAUUUAUCCAUUAUUGUCAAAGGGUAAGCCUCAAUUUGCGGCAUUGUUAUUGAGGUUAAAUGACCGUCGCUGAAAAUGGAGGUAUUAGUACGUGACUAUGUGUCAAUUAACCCUCUCCAGUGAAACCUCACAAAUUUCAAAGGGACAGUAAUGGUUUUUGAGUACAACAAUAGCAUUACGUGCUUAAAUUAGGACACAGAUCCUCCACCCACUGUACGUGUUGACUUAAAAUGAAAGGUCACCAGUGGCGAUAUUUUGAUAUGGUACUGUUUAUUGUUUGGUGAUACACAUAAUGCAUGAAACAUGAGUUUCUUUGCCGGAUGCGUGCUUUUGGUUAAUAGAUUGAUUUCAGUUUACGAACUAAAAAUGUCUUCAGCAAAGAUGGAAGUUGUAGUUUGUUCUUACUGAAGCCAGUUCAUUUAUCACUGCUGGUAUUGUACCCAUGUUUACAAAAAAAACUUGCAUUUUAUUUGCAAGUUGAAAAUCAAGAGCACAUAAUCAAAACCAAGGUUAGUUGAUCUAAACUUGAUGAUAAGAUUGUUGGGACUUAUGGGGCAGAGAGAAUACAUAUAUUUAAGAUGUUUGAAAAGUUUUCCUUGCCUAAUGAAAAAAGGAACUGGCUUGGCAGCACUACAAGCGGCUUGUGUUGUAGUUCUGGAAGCUAGGACAUGUUGCUAUAAAAGAUCAAUGAAAUUGGAGGAUCUGCAAGUUUAUUGUUACUUGGUACAUCUUUUGAGUUCAAGUCUUUAUGAGACAAACAAAGUAGCAAAGCAAAGAUGACCCAGCAGUAUGUUGCAACCUUAAAUACGAGUAAAGACAAGAACUGACUCUGUGUGACUUGCCGAAGUGCCUAACGAAUUUGUCAGUCAAAAUGAUGCCCCACCGAUCCAAAAUAUGCUCUGGGGUCCCUGAAAAUGAUAAUUUCUAGAAAUGUCCAUUAUUUGUUUUAUUAGCUAAUAGAUAAAAUUAUUAAAGCAAGGCAUUGUCAUUUUGCAAUCAAAGAAAAACCUAUUAAGAUGGAAAAAAGCAUUGUCAGUUCCAAUUCAUUCGGCAGCCCAGUUUCUAUUGCCCUGAGUUAUGGGAAAUCAUUAUUUUGUCAGCAAUCUCUUUUUCAGCUGAGAAUGCGCUAGGUGUUCGCUAAACCAACCAUAAGCUGCAGACAUUUUAGUCUGUUUGCUAAAAUAAUCAAUUUAAUUCUUGUUAUACUCUUGUUUGUUUGUUGUUUUAGUUGUGCUCAAGCCUAACCAUUUUAAGCUCAAAUGAGAAUCACACUAAAUGAGCACUCUUUUACUAUGUUACCAUAAAAUUCCGAAAAUAAGCCCCGGGGCUUAUAUUUUUUUAAAGGCCUCUUUUGAGGGGCUUAUAUUCAGAGGGGCUUAUCUACGGAGGGAAACUUGCGUUUCAAAAUCGAUUUGGCUAGCCUUGUAGUUGGAAGAAAGUUUACCGUUUUUGCUUUGUUUUACUUUGUUUUUGAGGGCAAUUUUCCAAGUACAAGCCCCUGGGGGGCUUAUAUUUGAAGGGGCGAUUUAACGGAGGAUUUUUUGUGUUACUGGUUUGGGGGGCUUAUAUUUGGAGGGGCUUAUUUGCGGAAUUUUACAGUAUCUCCAUUCAGGCUUUGAUCCCCAAUGAAGUUUUCAUUUUUUUUCUUAUUUUUGCUCCUGCAAUUACAAGGUACCAUUCCUCGUCAACACAUCAAAGUGGUGACAUGCCUAUCAUCAGGGCAGGUGAUCUAGUAUUGGAGGUCAACAGAGUUGUUGUAUCACCCAACACCAUCGAUAAGGUAAGUUAAAGAAUGAAGCUCAGCCUCUGCAUUAAAAAAAAACACUUCCCAAACUAGGCUCCAGUUGUUCAAAGGGUGGAUAGCGCUGUCCACUGGAUAAAUCACUAUUCAAUGGAUAAGUAUCUGGGAAUUACCAGGUUUGUUUUCCACUGGAAAGUAAUUUUUGAUAUCCAAAUAUAAUAUUACACAUGUACACCCUCCCUAAACUGAAAUCUAUCGAAUUCAUAACAUCCACUAGUGCUAGAAGUAGAAGGAUCGGUCUAUCGAUGUCACAAUACAACCAUAGCUUCAGUUAACUGGACACAACUUUCUCUGCAUGCUGUGAAUUUGAAAGCAGGUGUUGAGAAGUACAGUGUUCAGAGCAGAAGGUACAAAGGGAUGAAAAAUAUUAUUGUAUUGUGAAAGUUCUCCUGUGCUAAGGUGCAAUCCAAAAUAAUAGUUUUUUAAAACCUAGUUUAGGCUCUAAACUAAAAAGGCUAGAAUUAAUGACUCAAGGAUCAACUCUGUGUGGUAGAGUCUAAAAAUAUUGCUCAUAACAAGCUAUGUGUUCAUUGUAAUGCAUUAUUUUAUUCAUCUAAGGUUGCUGCUAUUUUGACAUCUCGACCAGAAGAGAUUACACAAAUCACAAUAGAAAGAAAUACCAGUGGACUCCAAGUUAAACCAAACCUGAGGACAGUCAGUGUAAGCUCCGACAGUGAACCUGAGUCUUCAUGUGACAACAAAAGCUUUCGUCAUAGGUCAGUUUCUCUGGGGUUUACACGAAGGCGUUUACGUCGUGCUGGUAAAUCAACACCAACCACGUAUCACAAUAACACCAUACAGAAUGGUGAAACAAACCUAGAUGACAAUGGAAAUAUUAAGAAGACAAAGCCUGCUAUGAGAUCAAACUCACUUCCCCGAAGGUAGGCAAAAUAGCAUUAUACAUGUAAAAUAAAAAAAUUGAUAUUGUCAAGUCGUUCUGUCACUUAAGGUGUAUGUUUUCUGCAGACUCUACAAUCAAGUAAGCCUUUGUAAUAUAGCUUAAGGAAGCCUAUUAAUAUAAGCUCCCUGCAGCUUCUUUAGGUUUUCUUUUCACAACAACUUAAUUUUUAAUUAAUGCCUCUUGUAACAUUUUAUUUUUAUGUAAUGUGAGUGACUGUAAAACAAAUAAAUGAAAGAAAGGAAAGUCAUUGACACUCAUUGUGACAACAUGUUUUGCUCAGCAAAUGGCUUGUGAUGUUGCAGCCUGUUGGAUGAGCGAGUUAUCUCUUAAGUAUUGUUUCAUAUAACAAUAUAUACUUGGUCUUUGUUUGAGACAACAUAGUUGAGGUACAUUUUACCUUAAGAUGACUUAGUGAAUUCAGAUUCCCUGUUGAUUAGAGAAACUUUGAAAAACACUUUAAAAUAAGGAUAAGCAAUCAAGUCAUGAUGUUUUAAUAACUGCCUGAAGUCAGAAGGAAAAGUAUUUUUAUGUUUAUGUUGUAUUAUACUGCUUUGGUUUUACUUCUGAUUGGAUGAAAAGGUGGCGCGAAUCUUUUAAGCCAAUCGCAUCGUGUAGAAAGUGCAAAACCAAUUACUUUUCGACACUCAAAUGAAAACCGCUCUAAGGAAGCCUAUUAAUAUAAGUUUCCUGCAGCUUCUUUAGGCUUUCUUUUCACAACAACUUAAUUUUUAAUUAAUGCCUCUUGUAACAUUUUAUUUUUAUGUAAUGUGAGUAACUGUAAAACAAAUAAAUGAAAUGAAAGGAAAGUCAUCGACACUUAUUGCAACAUGUUUUGCUCAACAAAUGGCUUGUGAUGUUGCAGCCUGUUGGAUGAGCGAGUUAUCUCUUAAGUAUUGUUUCAUAUAUAACAAUAUAUACUUGGUCAUUGUUUUUGAGACAACAUAGUUGAGGUGCAUUUUACCUUAAGGUGACUUAGUGAAUUCAGCUUCCUUGUUGAUUAGAGAAACUUUGAAAAACACUUUAAAAUAAGGAUAAGCAAUCAAGUCAUGAUGUUUUAAUAACUGCCUGAAGUCAGAAGGAAAAGUAUUUUUAUGUUUAUGUUGUAUUAUACAAUAUACUAAAACUGGUUGCUUAGUAGACAGAUAAUGUUGAGGUGAACAGUGUUUAGGUGUGACAUGUGGCUGUUGAGCCUUUCAUAGGUGAAGCAGUCAAAUAUUAACCCCAAUUUUCCCAGAACUGCAAAAUCAUUGCUUUUUUUGCCAAAAAUUGUUUUAUAGCUUAAUUCUUUGUUCUACCACCUUGGCAAACAGGCCUUAAAGAUGUGGCAUUUUAAUUUUCUUGGCCCAUAUAGAGUAGAUGUAGAUGGGUGUUGAAAAAAUAUUGAUCAACAGUUAACCAUUACAUGUAUGUUAAUCAUAAACAUGAAAUGGUUCUGUUGGGUUAUAAACGUAAACUGAGAAGAUGUAUUCCACAUGAAAAUACAAAGGAAUGUGUCAUUAGUUUUUGCAUCAUUUUGUGUUUGCAUGCAUUUCUAUAUUGUGUUGAUUAAUACCAUGAUAAUAAUGUAGCUGCAACAAAAUGGAUUAUUGAAAGGUAACAUUACUGAUAUUUGGUUGUUUUGAUUUGGUUAUAUAGUAAUUCCUGCUCCGAGACCCUGAAAACACGGUCAUUGAUCCAUCGAGCACAGUCCUUCAAGGUGGAGCCUGUUACAGACAGGUAUGAAAGUCCAUUUAAAAUCCAUGUAGAGAGCAACCUUUCUUUUGAGAUUUCUCUAUUCAAGGGACACCUCCAUUUAGGGGACAAAAAAUUUGGUCCUGAAAUAGCCUGCAUAGUUGGUAGGAUUGUUGUGUGCGGGGUAAUUUCUUGGCAGCAGAGCCACCACGCGAAUUGAGUGGCGAUGCCAUGAGGGAUUUUUGCAAGUGAUUUGCCUAGUUCCCAAUCUUCAUGCGGCUCUGCUGCCAAAAACUACAACACUCACCCGCUAAUCCUGCCAGCUACGCAGGCUAGUACUGAAAAAAUGUUUACAUAGUCUAUUUAUCUGUUACUUCUGUUUUAUAUAGAGGCAAACUUUUUUUAUUCAAUGUCCUAUUUAGAGUGUUCAGACCAUGUGAUCUAAUCAUAGGAGAAGUGCUUGGAAGAGGAUUUUUUGGACAAGUCAGAAAGGUACCGUACUAACAAUGCAUUGGGCUUGUUACCAACCCUGUUACCAACCCUUUUUUUUUUUCUAGUUAUUAGUUUAACAGCCUUGCCAAACUGUUAAGCUAGGAAGUAGGUGGAAAUUAGUGACAGAGCCUAGGAAAACUUUGAGUCUUGGCUUUAUUAAGCAAUAUAUUUAUUAAUUUAUUUAUUUUCUAGCAUGCAUAGCUGGUAGUUUUGUUGGAGUGUAGUGAAAGAAACAUUUUUUUUUCUUUUUCUCAGGUAACUCAUAAAGAGACAGGAGAGGUGAUGGUUUUAAAGGAAAUUCUGCGUUAUGAUGAGGAAACCAGCUCAGGUUUCUUGAAAGAGGUAAUAAUAAACAGCAAGUUUUAAAACAGAUUGGCCAUUCUAGAUUUAAAAUCUCCCUUAAGAAUCGUUUACAGGAUUAAGACUAAAUUUGUACAUUGAAAUUUAACCUUAACACUGACACUGAAUCAUGUUUCCAGGUAGCAUUACUAAAAAGCUUGGAUCACCCUAAUGUGUUGAGAUUCAUUGGAAUAUUAUACAGAGACAAGAUACUUAACUUAAUUACUGGUGAGUUAUGGUUGUCUGAUUCUGAGACUGUUUAAAGUCACUUACUGAAAAAACCCUUGUCUACAUGUACAACUGUACCAGAGAAUCAAGCUUGAGUUGUGGUAACCUUUAUACAGUACUUCUUGAUAAGUGAUAAUCGCCAUGACCGAGUAGACCCGGCUGGGCUAGUUAAAGUGUUAUAUGGAAAACGUUGGCCCGUCUGGGUGGGUAACCUAGCUAGGUGGAUAACCUGGCUGGAUGGGUGACCCAGCUGGGUAAGUGACCUGGCUGGGUGGGCGACCCAACCGGGUGGGUGGCCCAGCUAGGCAGGUCACCUUUCUAGCCAAGCCAAUUUUUUGUUUCUCAUGUAAACGAUUUGCUAAGUCCAAUAAGGGAUUUAGGAAAUGCUGGCUCGCCAAGGGUAGAUUUCUACCUGGGACAAGUUUUCUCCAUAUAAACGGGGCCAAAGGGUAGUAUUGAUGAUUUUAAGAUCUAAGUGAUGCAGUUGACACCCUGGGUCAGAAUUUACAAACCUUCAUUUCUUUUUUAUCUGCGUUGUGUAAUAUUAAUGAAUUGUGUUCUUUCAGUAUUUUGUAAUGUCUCCAGGUUAAUGAAUCUUGAAAUUUCUUUCUGUGCAGAGUAUAUCUCAGGAGGGACGCUGCGGCAAAUCUUGAAGAAUAAGGUGAGAUAACAGAUACGAGCAAGAUAAACAAACUUUUCACGGGGAAAAACACAAUACUCUUACGAAACCGAGAGUACAAGAAACUGGGAUCCUACCCUAUCGCAAGACAAGCUAAAGGAGUUCAAAUUUAAUUUUAUUUUAGACUACGAGUAGUACCCCAUUUUUCGCCGUUUCUCGCGUGGGGUGAUUUUCACGCGUGCUCGCGUUUCGCUUGCUCUACUAUCCCUGAGGAAAAAUGGGGGACUACUCGUAGUCUAAUUUUAUUUUUGUUGUAUUUUUUGUGCAGGGUAAAGAGUUAUCUUGGUUACAGAGAAUAAAGUUUGCAAGAGACAUUGCAGCUGGAAUGGUGAGGAGAUAUAGUUUGCAGUUUAAUCCUCCUUUCAUUCUUAUGAUGCGUUCACAUUGUACCAGAUAACUUUUGCACCGGCACGAAAACCAAACCGGAUAGAGCUUCUGUUUACACAUAAGAACAGUGAUUUCGGCUCGGUUUCUAUAAUGGAGCCAAGCUACACCGCGUCGAUCGUAAAGUGGAUUGUCACAUAUUGGAUAGGUUCUGUGCCACUUUUUGUCGUAGUGUGAACACCUUACAGGUAUUCGGAUCAUACCGGAAGUAAAAGAGUAGAAGCGAGGAGUGGAGCCCUAAUACUUUAAUUAUCCUCUUCCCUUAUGAGGCUUUUUAGGGAUAAUGAAACAAAUAAUGUAAAUGGGAUAUAACAUCGUUGAAAAUCCCAAAUAAUAAAAGGCGAAGCAGUUGGCUAAGCGUGGCUGAGGAUUUGAACUCGGGACUACCAAGAACAAAUCCAGUUAGAGGUCAGGUCGGGGCCUCCGAAUUACAAGUCCACCACUCCAACCACUCAGCCAUGCUGCCUCCCUCUCCGAUGCAUUAGGGAGCUUAAGCAACUACGACGACUAUGACUACUAAAACGUCACUUAUAAAGUGACUUCACGCUGCCUCAAACUUAAUCGCGCUUAUUCCAUUUCGUUUAAUUCUUCAAAUGUUGGCAAAUUUAUUUGGAGUUGAAUUCUAAAGGACUGUAUCAAAGUUCAGGAAAAGAAAAAGAAAGUCGUUGUCUUGUGUUCCCGUCCUCGACAAAACAUGAAAUUAGGCACUUUCACGUCAUAGUCUAGACUUUCUCAAAGUCCUUUGCUUCUCAUUUCUGGGUGCGGUAGCUGGCCUCACUCUCGUUCGCAUCUGCCACAGAAAACAUAAAAAGUCUACCGCUUGCGCUUCGCGCUCGUGAAAAAAUUUGAACUUGACUUGUAGGCAAGUCUAGUCGUAGUCGUGCAACGACGGCUAAGUUGCGGUGGCCAUCGUUGCUUAAGCUAUUGUUGGAUGUAUGUAAACGACUUGUUCCAGUUCUGUGCCUCAGUUGCCGUUCAUACUGUCCCGGAUAGCUUAGUCAUGUCGGCACCAAAAGCCUGACUUCAAACCUAAUAUUGUUACUCGUUUUUAUUUGUUCAAGUAAGAUUUAAUUUUUCGGCAUAGGUUUAAAUAACAAUUUUUUAAGCAAUCAUUGCUAUGAUUUUUCCAGGCAUACCUUCACUCAAUGAAUGUAAUGCACAGAGAUCUUAACUCUAAGAACUGCCUGCUCGCAACAGACAAGGUAACAAGCCUUAUCAGUUUGUGCUUUUUUUCAAUCUUGAUUCCAAGGGUCCUUUUUAGUCCAUAAAACUUCUUCGUUUGCUCUUUUGUUAUGUAGGAUUCAGGAGAAAUGUCGGUUGUCGUGGCAGAUUUUGGUUUGGCUCGUGUGGUAAGGGACAGUCCAGGCUCGCCUAACAACCUCAUUUCAUCAACAUUACCACCUUCGGUUGGACGCAGGUUACUUCCGGUUCCAGGAAAUAAACCGCCUCCACCGAAAAAGAGGUAACUGUUACAAUUCGCAAAUAUCUGCAUGAUUAGAUAAUCAGUAAAAAAAUGGAAAAUCAGAAUAAAAUCAGAAGUUGGGGAAAGAAUUACGGGUUUUCGUUUCGCUUGGUAAAAUAAAAUUGUGGCGGGAAGGGCGAAAAGAAAAUAGAAUGUAUGGAAGCUGCUAAAAUUUGUGCCUGAUCUCAGGUUAUCUUACUAGAAUGUGUUUUAAAGCAUUUUGAAGGGUGGUUUCUUGUGAUCGCUAUGAGAAACAGAAAUAAAAUGGAGCCAUUAAGUGGAAACAAUUCGUCAACGACUAUAGAGAAACUGUCGAUCGUUGUGACGACCAUUUUGUUCUUCUUUAAAGCUUGUGGAUGAUCUCUUUUUUUGGCGAGCAUAACGAUAAUCUGCAAACCCGGCUUUCAAACAAAAAAUAGUUGCACAACUUGCAGUGAUACUGGCCUUGAAAUCAAAGUUACCUGAGCUUCGUCAAAGCGAUUGUUUUUCCUUUUGUUGGCGUCUAAUUAGCGGUGAUGUGUGUUCCUUAUACGCACAAUCUUAGACACAAACCUUGAAACACUUUGAACAUUCUCGCACCACUUCCGUCCCCCUCCCUUUUGCAAUGUUGUGUUAGCCAGUGAAACAGUGAAAUGUCAUCUCAACGUUGCACAGGGGAAAGGGGUGUUUCAAGGAUUUUUGGCGAGGAUUGCAGGUGUCUUGAGAAAAGGGGGUGGGGAGGGGUGGGGGGGGAGGAGUGGUCGCUUACUAGAGUGGCAAUUAAUUUUGAUCCUUUCGAGAAGAUAAGUCAUUCAUGGGUAUGUCACGAAAGGCCCUCUCAGAGAGCGCUUAUGGUAGCUUAUAUGUAGUUUGAAGAAGCUUCUUAGGGAUGAUUUUGUCUGUGCUUUAAGUUUUAAGGAAGCCUAUUGGGCUAAUACUAAUUGAGUAACGAAAUAUUUUGACAGAUAUACAGUUGUUGGAAACCCGUAUUGGAUGGCUCCAGAGAUGUUGAGGGGUAUGGUUUUUUAUAUCUGUUGGUCAAUGUGUAUUUCUAUUCAGAUCUCGUCUUUGAUAAUUAAUUGCCGAGUGGUUACUCGAGUGCUUGGCGUACCGUACUCAACAGUUGUGUUGUUACUAGUUUUGCUGCAUGGAACAUCCAACCCUGACUUAUUUUACGCACAGCAGUAGAUCCCUUAUGGAAUUGUGCGAGACAUUUAAAACGCAAAAUCCAGAAUGUCCACGCUAAUUGUUUUGUGUUUGUUUAUCCUUUGAAUUUUAGGAUUGACCUAUAACGAGAAAGUCGACGUGUUCUCGUUUGGAAUUACAAUGUGCGAGGUAAAGUUUUCAUUCUUUUUUUAGGUACAUAUAUUUUUUUGGUGUACAAUUAACAAGUUGAACACUGUGACAGUGUUUCUGUUCUUGUUAAUCCUUUAAGCCCCCCAAUGUCCACGUACAAAUUCUCCAAACUGGUCUCUAUACAGUUCUUACAGAAAAGGUAGAGAGAAGUUGAUCAAAGAUCAAAGCCUUUUUCUUUUGGGAUCGUUUUAUCAGUUCUCCUAACCUUUUCUCUUGAUUUUGUUGUUAUAUUGUUACGAGAAAAUUGAUGUUGGUCACCUUUGAGACCUAAAGGGCCGGUUAUUUAACCGAAAUGGAACUUAAGCCGCGGUUUAACAAAUCUUUGAACCCCCAGAUCUCUUCCUUAGUGGGUUAUUUUAAGACGAUAAAUGCUUUUCUCGUCUGCUCUAUAAUACUUUCAUAAAACUGUUGACAAUAAAUGGUGUUUAGAUUAUAACGUUGGGCAAAUUGAAAAUGGCUUAGAACGCGGUUUUGUUAAACACUGGCUAAACGACGUUUAAACAACUGGCAAAAGGGUUUAGUGUAAACAGUGUUACAGCUACCAGGGAACUUAAGCAUCCACGAAGAUGACAACGAUGACAACAAGAACAAAAAUUUGUUUAUGAGUAAAACAACAGCUCUGCACGUGCAUCACACUUUCUGGUAAAUUUCUUCAACGUCCACUGCACGACUACAAGGUGAAACUUUUUAAUGCGAAGCGUUGAACACACUACGACGAAUUUCCAUUUUUUUUAUACUUCGAUACAGAGCUUAAGAAUUCGACUCCUGGAAAAUUCGCCUACUUGUUACAAAUUGAGUAAGCCUAAAAAGGCCUUGCUUGGCGCGAGGACGUUUUCACUGCCGUUGUCUAUGUAAUACCACAGUAAUAACACCUAGUUGUCUCUUUGCAGAUUAUCGGACGCGUGAAGGCUGAUCCGGACUACAUGCCUCGUACGAAGGUAGGUCUGGUAUUUUGAUUUGUAAACAUGCAGAGCGCACCAAGGUACCGCUGUAUGAACAAACGCAAACGCAGUUUGUUUUCUGGCUUUUCGAGAAUUAGAGUUCCAGAAACUGAAAACUUUUCGUCGUUACCCGAGAUCAGGCUCUAAUUCGUCUGAUGAGCUGUAUCCUUAAAACAUGAGUUAGCGGUGUAUUUGCAAAAUACUAACAUAGGGGCGAGACUAGGAUGUGUUCUCCAGAUGCGAAAAGUCACUAAAGAACAUUCUUUAAAAAUUGCUAAAAAAAUAUGUCAAAACCAGUAAUCGGCUCCUGGUCAAAACGUUUUCCUCAAGUAAGGCAGUGGAACGAAGUACAAGAAAAAAGUUGAAGGUCUGAAUAUCCAAGCGAAAUGAAUAACAUAUGACCGAAAAAGAAACUGAGGCAAACUAAUGAUAGGGUACGAUGUAAUAACAACUUGAUGCAGCGCGCAUUGUGACUUCAACAUUUAACACUCGAUAGAGAUUCACUUUCAUAUAUUGUUGCUGUAACAUAAUGUUUUCUCAUUUCUCUUCUGUUGUCAGGAUUUCGGAUUGGAUGAGAAGAAAUUCUACCAAGAGUUUUGUGAGAGCUGCCCGGUGCUGUUUUACAAGAUAGCUUUUCUCUGUUGUAACGUGGACCCCGAUAAAAGGUAACGCCUCGUCCGCUUUGUCUUAAUUGCAGUUCGUUUGUUUAUCAGUAUUUUGCAAAACGAAAUUUUGGUUUUUCCUUUAAAUUUGACUUUGAGCCUCUUCGCUGUAAGGCGGUUCACUGAGGUUUCACUGAGCUGAUAAUUCAUUCUGUUUAUUAAACAGACCAGAGUUUUGGGAGACGGAGAAAUGGCUAGAAUCGCUUGCACUUCACCUGGAAGUUGGUCUACCACUGCCAUCGGGAAUGCAAUUCACGUUAUUACCCUCGACACUCAUGAGAAAGAUCAGUGAAUCAAGUGAUUGCAAUGACGAGACGGACGUAUAAGGAUGCAUGAGCUGUGGCAGUCAUGUUGGAAUAUGCCAUGUUGAUCGGUCCGACUUUUGCACGAAUCCGUUCGCGCACUACUAAGCCGGAAUGCCGAAUAGUCUCUGAAGUAGACCGCAUCGGUUAACCCGCCUUGACCCAACGGGUCCUAGCUCACAGGAGAACCCAUGAAUCUCCAUUAAACUUGACACCGACUUAGCUGGCAGGAAACGGCACAACGGCUAACUUUACAAUAUGGGAGUCUGGGUACGAGGCAAAACAGCUCCUUGUUUCCGGGCUGCCCAGCGUUUUGGCCGUGAUAGGAGUUGCCCAAAAGAGAAUUCAGCUCCACUCUGGUACUACUCUUGAAAUUAUAAACGCCGAAGCUGGGGAUUUAUUUUCGCUGCUGGGGUCAGCUUGGAAUAGAGAAUAAUUGUACAGAAAUGCACGAAAACGCGCAAUUAGAGUCUCUACACACAAAGACUUGAUAACUGUUUUAUUUUUUUUUACCGAUGAGAAUGAAAUUAAUGCGAAUAACCCCUACUAUAAAGUGAGUAACAUGGUUAGAAUAGAGACACCUUCUCAUCUUCUCUCUACACGCUAUCUCAAUCAACGAUGUUAAUAUAUUUAAUAUCAUUCAAACACUUGCCCUCUGCAAACACACCGUAAUAAACCUUCUUGAGUGACAUGCAAUAAGCCUUUUUCAAUAUGUGUUUUAAAAAGAUGACUUUCCUCUUGUGGCUUGUGAUGAAUUGAGCGUUUCAGGCCUUUGGUCUUAAACGCAAAAGGCUCUCUUUUUGAUGGCACCUUAAAUUGUUACCGCAGAACACGUGACACGGCGAAACGAGGGGAUAAAUCGCAUCUAAACUGAGGUCAAAAAGUAAUUUGCACGUCUUGUAGUCGAAUUUAGAUGCACCUUCAAUAACCAUUUGGAUGCAAGUUGAUUUACCUAUAACUUUGUCCCUACUACUGCUAUUACAAAUGAAGUCGGGCAAGAAAAGGAAUCUACUGCGGUUUUCAGUACUGGCCCUAGCACUCGGCUCGAAGUAUAUUGGGGCCAGUCAAAGCAAAAGCCGAUUGCUCCAGGGCCAAUAUCAGAAACAAGUCUGUUCGAGCGAAGCAAAAAAAGAGGCGAAUCAAUUGUUCGAAGUAUUGAAGUCUAGACAAGUGUGAAACGACACCAGUUAAUUGUCAAAGCGGGACUUGCACACCGCACUCGUCAUGGGUGGAUUACAAGUGCGCUAUGCUAAGCACUCGUUCCUAUUCCCCCUCCACCCCUUUCCCUUUCCUUUUGCGCCGCUGUCACAGUGAUAUGGGCGUCCUCAUUCCCAAAACCCUAGUGAUAUGGGCAUCCCCUGUAACCCUAACCCUAACCCAAAUCGCUAAGGUAAUAUGAGAAGGGGAUGCCCAUAUCAAUAGGGUUUUGGGAAUUGGGAUGCCCAUAUCACUGUGACACCGCCCUGCAUACAGGCCACUAAAAACUUGCCCAUUCCAUCUGGUCAUACUAUACCUCCCCAGUUCCAAUAAACUGAUCAGUUAAUAAGAUUUCCUUCUCUUUGUGUUUACUACAUUUUCUGUUGGAACGUGAUAAAAUAAGUCGUGAAUAACUCCCAUAUUUUCACAUUGAUUAAAUGCUGGAGGCAAAAGGUUGCGUGCAGGGAUUAUGAUAGAGAGAUUUAGAUUCACGUUCACGGCUAACGGUAAUCGUUAGAUUCAGGUUGGCCACUCCUCAAAUUAGAAAAUGAUCACAUAAAAACUGUCAAAAACAUUAUUAUAGAUGAAACCGGCAUGAAACUUUUAGUUUGGACACAAUAAACAUAAAACGAAAAAAAAAAGGGAAACUUGGCCACAUGGUACAAAUUGACGUUUGCCGUUUUCUGUAAACGUGAUUCUAAAUCUCCUUUUAGUUAGUUUUUCUGUACAGGAUCUUUAAAAAUUAUUUUUACUUUGAUUAAUUUUUACCAUAAUUCAUGUGUCAGUUCGUCACGCUUGUGCACGCUAUUAAAUUGACACUUUCAAUUGACAAUUGACAAUUUCCCCGUGGCGGGAGGCCCGUUGUUCAGUUUUUGGAACGGAUUUUUCGAGCUUGAAGAAACAGGUGAGCUGUAAAUAAUUCUCAGAAAUUUGUUCUUGAUAUUAUAAACUUAAACUGCCGAAAACUCGUCAAGCAGCUCAAGUAUGAAUUUACAGUACCUGAGUGCAGUUGUUACACCCACUACGUUUAAAUUAAGAAACUUCAGCUCAUGAUAUAACCCUUUCGUCUUGCUGAAAAUAGCAAACAGUAGACAAGCAGAUUAUUAAACAAUAAGAAUUAAAUUCCUGAGAAAUUUUUUUAUCACGCGGUUAGUUUCAACCUUUUCAGUUAGGAAAGGAGAAAGAGUUUUGUGAUAAAGGAGUUUUGCGACUUCUCUCAAGCAUUGUGAUUUGCCCAUCCCCAUUGCUCUUGCCAACAGCUUCCAUCAAUAUGUUUAAGAAAUAAUGUCGAUCUAUAUCCUUGAAAUUAUGUGACAUAAUAUUUCUUGACGAAAUAUAGAAAAGUCUCUCAUGUUGUACAAUAUUAUUUCGACCUUGUGAGAUUAAAAAAGCGCUUGAAGUUUUUCAGCUUCUUAUUAACGAGAUUACCGGCACCUGUUUUCUUUUGACGGCUAUUAAUAAACAAUACUAACAAUAUCAUUAACGGUUCUCUUAACUAACUGUGUUUAAAACUCUUAGCUUGUUUUGUUUUCUAACGCUUGAGUAAACACGACGCUUUAAGAAACUGGUAGGAAACUUCCAGAUUUCAUUAAAAUUGAAUGAAGAGUGAAAAAUGUAUAGCAAGUUGAAAACAUAACCGACUUACUUCAACAAGGAUAGUCUCGUACGGCGCGUUUUAAGUUUUUUGAAUGAAAACGAAAGGUAAUGGGCGGGAAAGUGGUAUUUUGUUUUUUGGCCCUGACGACGACGAGACUCUGCUGAAGAUGAAAAGAUGCUGUCAAUAAAUCCGCCAUAAAUAAAGGUAAGAAAUCGCUAGGCAAGCUACGUCUUGACAAAUAAGACUUUCCUUCAUUGGCCAACGAUCAAUGAACAUCACCCACCCGUUUACUUUAGUUAGAUAAAAAGAUUUGAUUAGAGAGAACGUUUCUUCUUAUAAAUCUACACUGUAGUUGCCGUCGAAGACCAGACUUAAUUCCACAUUUGAAGCCAUUUUGAGGGCGGCAAGGAAUUAUUCAACACUAGAGAACAAGAAAGACAAAUCCACAGGUGUUCGUUCGCGUGAAGUGUUUACUGUAGCCAUUUUAUGAUUGUUGAGAAACGUCGUUUGUCACUUGUUCACACCACAACUGAUAACAGUUGCCGGAACGGUUGUCUGUAAUAUGGUUGGUUAGUAGUUACUGCCACUAACCAACAUUUUGCCCUAAGUAAGCGAGUAAGAAGUUAACGUUAACGUUGGUUUAGGGGAGGGGUAGGUGGGCAUUUCCAAGGAUCUUACACUCUGGCUGGAUCCAGGCAAACACCUAUCUAAUGCUUCAUUCCCAUCAAUAAAACUUCUACUCCAUCGUUCUGUAAAGAGAAAAUGUUUGAAACCAAUACCGGUUUACGAACUUGAACCGACUUCUCCUAAAGCAUACUCAAACUUUAAAGAUGAAGGUCGUCUGUGAAGUCAGCGCAGUGGCAAGAAAACUUUGACCACCAUCCAACGAAAGGCACCUCUGAAGGCAGACACUUUUAAGACAGUCCCUUCAAUUCGUUGUACUCUUCUUGAGCCUGCUUGGUAGAUGGUCGGAAUUUGAAUACGAGGGCACUCGAAUGUGAAGGAAAGGAGUCCAUCCUCCCAUUUCGCGCGCCCUUCUCUCAAGCGCCAUAUUUCCGUUUUCCGUUUCGAACGCCUGCUUUCCACACAGUGAAUCUUGGUACAACCGAUUUUGUAACACGCAUUUGUGGCGAGAGGUAAUUGUUAUCAGCGAGACGAGUUUAUGGUUGUGUUGAAUGUCUUCAGCUAAUACUCGUGUUUGUUUGUUUGUUUUUCACUACACUUUAGAUAUCUUGGGCUUGCAAUACUGAAUAACAUGGAGGCGAAAGAUAUUGUGAAAUGGUCAAUCAUGGGAUUUCUAACUCUUUAUUUACUCACUGGUCUAUCGUUGAUAAUCUUUGCUGUUACAGUACCCACGCCAUUUGGAGACUACCUCACAUUGAAAGGGGCUGCCUUUCCAAUCAGCUACGUAAUAAGAAUCAUUUUCUUACUCCUUAUCCUGAUUAUAACAGCACUAUGCUUCUAUGCUGUGACGAAGGAAAACAAUCGACUUUUAACAGUGUUUGCGGUUUUGCUGAUAAUACUAUUCCUGGUUGAAUUUAUAGUAGCAAUUAUUUAUUUCACCUUGACAAGUGAGAUUAAUUUAAAUGAAGACAAAUUUAGCAAUGGAAUGCAGAUGAUGGCGGCUUAUGGAAUGGACAAGAAAAUCACAGAAGCCUUCGAUCGAAUCCAGCGGACUUAUGCGUGCUGUGGACUAACUGAUUAUCGUGAUUGGUUCACUUCAAAAUGGGACGCAGCACAGGUUUGUUGCCCAGUCUAUUCAUCAACCUCGUUCCCAGGAACGAGGUUUCUGUUUUUUGUGUUGCUGUGUGCUUUUAAAAUAAACGAAGGAGUCAGUUAAUUUAAAAAAGUAAAACUACUGUGCUGUUGAGACGGUGGGGUAUAGCCUGUGUACAGACGUCCCCUCCCCUCUCCCAGAUUUUCCCUGGGGGCGGGGGGGGCGGCGUUUGUUGACAGGCUAGUUAAUCUUUUUACGAGGGUAAAUGAUGACUUAAUUCACGCAGUUGAUAAGACACCUUUUUGUACCCAAAAAACGGUUGCAGUCCAGAAUGAGUACUGUCAAAGGUUAGUGGUUUGGUUGUUCGACCCCGGUUUACGGAAAGCCGCUUAAUAAGGACUCCUUUGUCCCUGAGGUAAGAAAACCCUUACAUAAUCUCUAAAUUCAACCCGCUUAAUACAGACACUUUCUAUGGCCCCUUCAAUGUCCGUAUUAACGGGGUUUUACUGUAUUGAAAACGAAAUACAGUCAAACCCCGGUUAAUACGGAAAUUGAGGGGGCCCUAGAAAGUGCCCGUAUUAAGCGGGUUGAAUUUGGAGAAAAUGUAAGAGCUUUCUUUCCCCAGAGACAAAGCAAACUUUCCGUAACGAUGCAGCCGUGUCCGUAUUAAGCGCGGGUGACGGUAAAGCGGGUCUUGACUGUACAGUCAACUCUUUCUAAGACGGACACCUUUGGGGCCGGUACUAAGUGUCCAUCUUAGAGAGAUUUCCGUCUUAUAAAGAGUCAAAUAAAAGAAGUAAAGAAAGGCAGGGAUCAACUCUAGGUGUCCGUUUUAGAGAGGUGUCCGUUAAGAGAGAGUCGACUGUAAACACAGGAACAUGACAAGGAAAUUCAUUCAAUCGUCCUCAAUAACUAAAUUCUGCAAAAACGAAAUCACAAAAUGACGAACAUGCAACUAGGCAAUGGUGAUUUCCUAAUGAUUUACGCAUCGCUGUUAGCUCUUUUGAAAAAAAGGCCAGCGAAAUGUAGUUGUCUCUGAGUACUUCUUGUAGGUUAGACUGGCAGAAAGGUUUACUUCCGUCUUUUGAAUUGUGAUAAAAACUUUUCACUCACCCAUGAUCUUUAAUUUAUCUUUUCAGGGCGUGAACAAUCGGGUUCCCACAUCGUGCUGUAAAUUUCCGUCACCAAAUUGCGGUCACGAUAUGAACACUAAAAACCCUAUUGACGUCAUAAACAUUCUAGGAUGCAGCGAACUUGCCGGUCUUAAUUAUUCAUAUGACAAUAGAAUGAAGGUUGUAGGGGGAGUAGGUCUUGCAAUCGGUUUUCUUCAUCUAUUCGCUUUAUUAUGUUGCAUCGUAUUUUGCUUCUGUUUCAACACCGUGAGGGGACUAAGUCCAGUAGAUGCCAUCAAAGAUGGGUCGCCCUUGGACAAGCCAAGCUCGGGGAGGCGUGGCUCCUCAGCACUAACCACACCUAGGCCUAGUCGGCGACAUGCUCUGCAUGCUUCCAAGGAGAAACUACAUGAAGAUGAUGAAGAUGAUGACAUCCCUCCACACGCCUAUAAGGAUCUACGAGACAAAUCAAAAACGUGAAACAUUGGACAGAAGGAUCAUUUAUCAUGUCUAGUGAGAUCAAAGUGCCCUUAUGUUUAA